UUGACCUUCCGCUGAAAAAAAGCUCCCUCCGCGGGUUUCCACCGCGCAUGUUUGUGCGUGCCUCGUGAUGUAAUACGGUUACACAUUGAUUUAAUUGUAAGCGCAGCAGCAUGCUCGAGUAAGGAGCUAUUUACAUAUGGAUUUUUUUUUUAUAGAAAAAAUCAUCUGCUUUCAUUCGGAGGUGAAGCCGAUUUCAGCACCGGAGCUGUCCGAACGGAUGACGGAUGCUGCGACCGCGUGAACCGACGAUGCUGAGCUGACUCUCUCUUCUCUCUCUCUCUCUCUCUCUCUCUCUCUCUCUCUCUCUCUCUCUCUCUCCCCUCUUCUGUCCCUCCUCGCUCCUCUCUCCUCCACACGCACAAAACGCUCUGUCAUGGCGUCUUCCAACAAUGUUACCCCCACCAACUGUAGCUGGUGGCCCAUCUCAGCCAUGGACGAAGACGGCAAAAUCACAGACGGGGAGCAGUGCGAAGAACCGAUGGCAGAGCCCAAACCCUUCAGUAAAGACAGGCUCGUUUUGUACCACUGGACUCAGUCUUUCACCUCCCAAAAGGUCCGUCUCGUCAUCAACGAGAAGGGUCUGGUGUGCGAGGAGAGGGAUGUGAGCAUGCCGCUGCAGGAGCACAAGGAGCCCUGGUUCAUGAGGCUGAACCUGGGUGAGGAGGUGCCCGUCUUCCUCCACGGCGACACCAUCAUCAGUGACUACAACCAGAUUAUCGAUUACCUGGAGAAAACCUUUGUGGGAGACGCGGUGGCUCAGCUGGUCCCUGAUGCAGAUUCGCCUCUCCGCGAUCGAGUGCAGCAGUACCGUCAGCUACUGGAUGGUCUGCCCAUGGACGCUUACACACACGGCUGCAUCCUCCAUCCGGAGCUCACCACCGACUCUAUGAUCCCAAAGUACGCCACCGCAGAAAUACGUAGACACCUGGCCAACGCUGCGACAGAGCUGAUGAAGUUGGACCAUGAGGAGCCUCAGCUGACAGAACCGUACCUGUCAAAGCAGAAGAAGCUCAUGGCAAAAAUCUUGGACCAUGAUAACGUCAAUUACCUGAAGAAAAUUCUGGGGGAGUUAGCCAUGGUUCUAGAUCAAGUGGAGGCUGAGCUGGAGAAAAGAAAACUAGAGUAUCAAGGUCAAAAGUGUGAGUUGUGGCUAUGUGGACCUGAAUUUACACUAGCUGACGUCUGCCUCGGAGCCUUGUUGCACAGGCUCAAGUUCUUGGGACUUUCUAAGAAAUACUGGGAGGACGGCAGCCGACCCAACCUGCAGUCCUUUUUUGUGCGUGUGCAAAAACGCUACGCUUUCCGCAGGGUCUUGGGCGACAUCCACACGACCCUUCUGUCGGCGGUCCUACCCAACGCCUUCCGGAUGGUAAAAAAGAAGCCACCGUCCUUCUUCGGGGCCUCUUUUCUCAUGGGCUCGCUGGGAGGGAUGGGCUACUUUGCCUACUGGUAUUUAAAAAAGAAAUACAUGUAGUGAAUGCCGUCUUGUUGCGUUAAAUGUCUGUGUAUUUGUGUGAUGUUUCAACUUUUCUGUAAUGUUUUAUGACUGCAGGAAAACAUAAUGAAUCUAUAUAGAGAACACUAUUACUUACCUGGGUGAACAAAGAAUAUUAAAACAUUCCGUGAUAAGAAA